GUGUGGUAUGGUGGUGGUCGUUAUUUUGUUAUUUUCCGUCUUUGUUUUUAUUGGAUUUUGGUGUGGCCAAAAUGUAACUGCCACAAAUAAAAACACAUUCCAAACUACAAUACACAUUUAUGUACAUAAUUUAACUCUAAACUCGAUUUCAAUUUUUUUAGUAUAAAAGUUGGAAUAAUUUGGUAAAUAAAAUCAGAAACAAGUCAAAAACCGUUCAUUGAACACUAGUUUUGAGUUAAAUUUAAAUUUUCCUAUUUCUACUCCUUUCAUCCUCUCAACAACAUGAAGUUCGUAUUUGCCGUAGUCUUGUUGGCCCUUGCCGCUGGUGUCCAAUCAUCUUUGAUUGCUCAACAUGCUCCUGGUGUAUCCUAUGUUACCACUGCCUUACAUCCAGCUAGUCACUGGGGAGGACCCUUAGGCUGGGGUGGUCAUGCUGCUGUUGAUCACAGUGCCUGGGGUGGUCCAUUGGUUGCUCCCUUGGGCGGUCAUGGUCUCUGGGGAGGUAUUCCCGGCAUUUCCCUAGCUCAAGGACCCGCUCAUGGUCAUGCUGCUAUCGAUCUCGCUCACGGUGCUCAUGGUCAUGGUCAUGGUGUGUAUGUAGCUAAAACACGUGGUGCCAUCCAUACCGCCCCAUUGGCUGGUCACAUUGCCUCCGCCACUUCAGUGAAUGUGGCUCCAGCUCCCGGUACCCAUUAAAUUGCUGAUAACUGACGAAAUACCCCCAUUACUCAAGUCUCAUAGUUGUAUGUAGUUUCAAAAGCGCCCUACCAUCGCACACACUCAACAUCACAGCGCUUUGGCUUAACAUCUUUCUGAAUUUAUAGUCCAACAACAAUCAUACAAAAUUAAGGAUUUUUACGAACUUUUAUUGUUAUCUGUUCUGUAUCUGUAACUAUUUUCUAUGUCUUUAUCUUAAGCUAUCCUUUUUUCUUAAUCUAUCUAUGCUUCUCAUUAAAUGUCAAUAAUGUGCAGCAUAUUGCAAGAACAUAAAUAAAAUUUAGAAAAAUAUAUGCAAAUAUUUUUCUAAGAUCAAA